AUGUUUAAUGGUGCUAUUGCUGACAGGGCUAUCGAUUAUUCUCCUGAUUUAUCUCUUGAAGAACAAAGUAUUGCAGAUCGUUUAUCGGAUAAUUUCGUCAAGUGGGUCGAUCCUAAAGAAAUAAUGCUAGGUAUGGCGAGGAUAAGCUCUUACUGGAACAAAUUGGGGAAGAAACUCAUGGAAACCCUAGAGAGCCUUCUUUUGGAAACACCUGCAACAACUACUCUUCAUGAGUGUCUUGUUAUCACUGAUCCUGAACUAAAGUGUGCUGAAGAAAAACUCGCUUCCUCCGAUGAUGAAACUCCAAACUCUGAGAUUUCCCUUCAUCCUACUUUAGGGGCUUCCCCUGUCGUCAAAAGAUCAAACUCCUGCCUCUUUGUUUGCUGCUGCUAUCUUCCAACUGUAACAUCCCAAAAAUCAAGGUAA